AUUUACUUACUGGAAUCUCCUUAUAAAUUAGUUUUGUGUGUCUGUAUGUUUCAGAGCAAGCUAAGGCACCCAAUUUCCAGUUUCAGAAUAUGGCUUCUACCUCUUCCACUACGCCUUCACAAUCAACUCAAAAAUUCACUUAUGAUGUUUUCUUGAGCUUUAGAGGUGAAGAUAUUCGCAAAACGUUUUUGGAUCAUCUUAACCAUCAUCUCAAACACAAGGGAAUUCAUACCUUCAAAGAUGAUGAGAAAUUAAAGAGGGGAGAGUGUAUUGCUCCGACUCUCUUACUAGCCAUUAAAGAAUCAAGAAUUGCAAUUAUCAUCUUUUCCAAAAGCUAUGCAUCGUCAACAUGGUGCUUGGAUGAAGCUGCAACUAUCAUGGAAUGCAAAGAAAAGUUCGGCCAAGUUGUGGUGCCAAUUUUCUACGACGUGGAGCCUUCACAUGUGCGCAACCAAACAAGAAGUUUUGCUAAAUCCUUUUCAAAACACCGAAAAAAUUUCAAAGAUAGUAAGGGGAAGGCGAAGGUUGAAAUGUGGAGGAACGCUUUGAGAGAGGCAGGAAAAAUUGUAGGACACGAUUUACAGGGUGAUAAAUACAAUGGGUAUGAAUUAGCAUGUAUCCGAGGAGUUAUUAAUGACAUAUUCAAACUGCUUCCAACUCAAAGCAUUCAGAAAAAUUUAUUGGAUUUAGAGUCACAACUUAAGAACAUAAGUAGCUUGAUGGAAAUGUCUUUUAGAGAUGAUGUUAAAUUAAUAUUGGGCAUUUGGGGUAUGGGCGGUAUAGGAAAAACAACCCUUGCAAGAGCUGUUUUCGCUCAAUUAUCUGAAAGAUUUUAUUGCUCAUGUUUUCUUGCUGACAUUCGAGAAAAUCAUAGUAAACAUGGGCUGGUAGGCUUGCAAGAAAAACUCCUAUCAAAACUUCUGGAAGGAAGUUCAAUGCGUAUAGAUGAUGUGGAUCAAGGAAUUGGGGUGAUCAAGGAAAGGCUCCAAUCGCGGAAAGUGUUGAUUGUUCUUGAUGAUGUAGAUCAAAAGGAGCAAUUAGAUAAAUUAGUUGGGGAUGGAGAAUGGCUUUGCGAAGGUAGUUUAGUCAUCAUAACUACCAGAGACAAGCAUUUAUUCACUCAAUUUGGAGUUGCCUUUGAAUGUUAUGAAGUAAAGAAACUGGAAAAAGAAAAAGCUCUUCAACUAUUUAGUUGGCAUGCUUUCAAGAAAGAAUCUCCAGAUGAUGAAUUUGUAGAUCUGUCUACAUCUUUUGUAACUUAUGCUGCUGGUCUUCCAUUAGCUCUUAAAGUCUGGGGCUCUUUUCUACGUGGACGAGACCAUAAACAAUGGAAAAGCACACUGGAGAUGAUUAAAACCAUCCCAGAUGAGGAGGUUAUUGAGAAGCUUAAGAUAAGUUUUGACGGACUUAAAGAUGGAGAGAAAAGGAUAUUUUUGAGUAUAGCAUGUCUGCUUCGUAAAAAGAGUAGAGAUUAUGUAGAAGAUGUACUUAACAGUUGUGAUUUGUAUCCUGGCAUUGGAAUAUCAGUGCUAAUCGAAAGAUCUCUUGUGUUUGAAUCAAAUGGAUGUAUGGAUAUGCAUGAUUUGAUUCAAGAAAUGGGUUUGCGCAUUGCAGCAAGAGAAAAUCCUAGGAGGAUGAUAUGGCAGCUUGAUGACCUGUUAGAUGACGUGGAUCAUGAAGAGAUGGAAGGUGUUUUGGUCACAUUCAAAUACCGACGUAGCUAUAAUGAAAAUAUUAGCUGUGUCAUUGAAGCUUUCAAAGGGAUGAAAAAAUUGAAGAUACUCAUAGUUAAAGGCCUUCUUGGUAAAGGCCUUCUUGGUAUCGAUUUUUACAGUUCAGAGUUUGAGAAAAGAUUUGGUUGGAGCACUAUGAAUACUUAUCUUCCUAGCAGUUUGAGGUGGCUUCAUUUCUCAUGUUAUCCUUUCUUUUCAUUACCCGAAAGCUUUCAUCCAUCAAAGCUGGUUGGGUUUCAUUUACCUCAUAGUUUACUCAAAACUUGCAUCAUAACGAAGAACAUGAACAAAUUGGUUUAUUUGGAUCUCAGCUCUUCCCACUUUUUGUUGGAAACCCCAAACUUUCAAAGGAUGCCAAAUUUAGUGAGAUUAGUCUUCCGACGCUGUUUGAGUUUAAAAGAAGUCCAUCCAUCUAUUGGACGUCUUGAGAAGCUUGUUUUAUUGGAUUUAAGUGAAUGCGGCAAUCUUGAGAAGCUUCCCAGCUUCACUCAAGUCAAAUCUCUAGAGUUUCUCAAUCUUGGCUGUUGCCGACAUUUAGAAAAUUUUCCAGAGAUCCAGGCAAGUAUGCCAUAUGUACUGGAGCUGGAAUUAAAUUCCGUUGGGUAUAUUAGAGAACUCCCCUCAUCCAUCCAACAACUACAUGGCCUCACUAAACUAUGUUUGGUUGAUUGUGAUAAUCUUGUUCAACUUCCUGGAAGCUUAUGUGAGUUAAAAAAUCUUAAAGUUGUUGAAUUUGAAGGGUGUCCUGAAUUGAAGUCCUUGCCAGAAAAUUUGGGCAACUUGUCACAAUUGGAAAAGCUUCAUAUACAGAGAACCGCCAUUUCUCAACUCCCAUCUUCAAUCAAGCAGUUGAGUUCAAUUGAAUACUUAUACUUUGGAGAUAUUAUUUCUCCAUGGGAAUGGAUCAGCUACGUCGACAGUCCCAAAGUAGUUGUACCUAGUGUAUCAGGUUUGUUCUUACUAAAAAUGCUCGAGCUGUGUUCCCUUUAUAUGUUGGACGAAGGACUCCCUCAAGAUAUUGGAGGCUUGUACUCGUUGGAAUACUUGAAUCUGAGUGGCAACAAUUUUGUACAUUUACCUGAAAGCAUCAGUCAACUCCCUAGCCUUAAGUACCUUGACAUCAGAUAUUGUAAGAGGCUUGAAGAGCUACCACAACUCCCACCAACUAUAUGGGAACUAUAUGCAGAUAUUCGUUUUGCCUUUGAAAGCAAUAUAGCUGAGCUAUCAACCAAGUACUUGGAAUUAUAUUCAAUCUUAUUCACUCAUAAUAAUAUUGGGCGCCAUUUCAUUCGCAAAGAAUUAUUAGAAAACAGGAAGCUCAUUCUUUUUCCAAGGACUUUUCUUAGAAAGACUCCUCUCAGUGUUAUCUAUAUUAAUGUCGAUAUCAACAGAUGCUUCAAAUAUAAAUGUGAUGGUGCAAGUAGGAUCUCAAUUGAUCUUCAACCCUUCUGGUACACUCCAAAUUUUCUGGGAUUUGUUGUAUGCUGUCUUCUCCCUUCAAAUGGUAUAUGGGAAUCACAUUUGGAGCAUUGUGCGGUCAUAGCCAAACUGGCAAGCAAUGAUAAUACAAGAAAUGAAGCUCCCCAAACAAAGUGUGUGAUCACCAACUCAGAUAAGUGUAAAAUAUCCCAUGGGGGACAACAUACUUGCAUUGCCUACAUACCAUUUAGUAGUCUGUGGAAUGAAUCUAAGGCUGAGAAAGAUGGUGUUACUCCCAAUGAUUAUUCUACAUUUGAGGCAUUUCUGGAUUCUCAACUUUCAACAGAUUGGGGUUGUAGUUUGUUCUAUAAAGAUGAUGAUUUGAUAAUUGAAGCAAAGAUAGAUUGCGAGGAAAGUUAUUCAACAUUUGAGACAUUUCUGGAUUCUCAAGUUUCAACAGAUUGCGGUUGUAGUUUGCUCUAUAAAGAUGAUGAUUUCAUAAUUGAAGCAAAGAUAGAUUUCGAGGAAAGUGGUAAAUACAUUUGGCUUGAGAAUUAUUAUUGUUUCAAUGACAAUACUCAUUUCAUCUUUCUUACCGGUGGUAGUGAUUCAGUGAGGUGUCGGCAUUACACAACUGAGCAAAAAUCGAUUGCAAAAACGAAGAAGCCGUGA